CAAUGCCUUUAAAGCAGGCGUGUAAGACAGAGCAGCAUUUCCAGCGCAAGCAGGAUAGCGAAAUUAAUAGACUGCAGCAAUGGCAAGAACCAAGCAGACCGCUCGUAAAUCCACCGGUGGUAAAGCCCCGAGGAAGCAGCUCGCUACCAAAGCCGCCCGUAAGAGCGCUCCGGCCACCGGCGGCGUCAAGAAGCCCCAUCGUUACAGGCCCGGGACCGUGGCUCUCCGAGAGAUCCGCCGUUAUCAGAAGUCCACCGAACUGCUGAUCCGCAAACUGCCCUUCCAGCGGCUGGUCCGAGAAAUCGCUCAGGACUUCAAGACGGAUCUGCGCUUCCAGAGCUCCGCUGUCAUGGCCCUGCAGGAGGCCAGCGAGGCUUAUUUGGUCGGUCUGUUUGAGGACACCAACCUGUGCGCCAUCCACGCCAAGAGGGUCACCAUCAUGCCCAAAGACAUUCAGCUGGCCCGCCGUAUCCGCGGAGAGCGCGCCUAAACCCGCAUCAGCCACAUCAAACCCCAAAGGCUCUUUUAAGAGCCACCAAAAUUACACUGAACGAUGAAAUUUCCACUUUAACACUUAAUAGGUGUCGAAAACUGCAUUUAAAACCAUCUGGGUCUUUCUCUUCAUCGUAAGUUACCAUUAGUAAUAAUGAGGGCAGAAAAAAAUAACUUAAUCGUUUUCAAAAGUGUUUUUUUUUUUUGUUUUUUUUAACUCUGUAGUGUGUGUGGUUAUUUAUUUAUAUAUCCAAGACAUUUUUAGGUUUCAGGCUUUUUUUAUUUUUUAUUCCAAACUUUGUAUAAAGAUGAUUCUCAACUAUGUGAAAGAUAUAACGGAAUGAUUUGAUAUAACAUUUUGCUCUAUGCAAUAUGUGUGUGUAAAAUUGCCAUAAACGUGUUUCCCAUUAUAUACAAUGUAUUUACACGCCUUAUGUAAUGGAAAUAAAUAUUAUAACUGCAGUAAUAAUUGGCAAGAUUUUCAUAUCUAAAAUUUCAAAAUAUUGAUAUACAAUUUAUUUCCCUAUUCACUUGUGUCUCCCAAAAUGUGUAAUAAACUCUGGCUGUUGAUUGGAA